CGCGGUGGGCAGUCAUUUAGAUUUGACCAAACUCGAAGCGCAGUGAUUUGCGAAAGGUUCGCUGUCGCGUGAAAAUAUCAUUAUCAAACAAUUCGACUUCCUGGCUGGCUAGCUAUGCUAGCUGCGGCACUAUCAGACAACUUGGGGGAGAGUCAUGUACAACUUUUGAGCGAAGCAGCAAGAAAUGGACAAAAACGUGCGCAAACUUCGAAGUAAAGAUAUAAACCCAUGCAUUGAAGAAAGUGAUGGCUCUCAGAAAUGUUUGGAUGCCAAUAACUAUGAUAAGAACAUGUGUUCUGCAUAUUUUCUGAGAUACAAAAACUGCAGAAAAUACUGGCACAACAUCAUGGUGAAUAGGAGACGAGAUGGCGUGAAGCCUGACAUGCCCACUGCAGAGGAGCGCCAAGAGAUACUAGCUGCCAUUGGAGGCAAGCCCUAUUGAGGCAGUGGCAAGACCAGCAGAAGGAAACACUGGAGUGGGGUGUAGACCAUACUUUCCAGUAAAGUUCUGGGACAGACACCUUCUUUAUGAAGGUCUGAGAGUUCCUUCACACACCUCACCAUUAUGAUGCUGACCGUGUCCCAAGAGGUGCCUCUGCCGCACUGUGUGCUGCUUGCCACUAAAGGUUGAUGGUGGCGUUGAAACCUGUGUCAAAUACCGAUGUCAAUGAUCAAAUCACUACAGUAUGCUGAAAUCUGGCAAUGAAUGUGCAUAGCUGGUUAGUAUGAGUUGAGCUAUAUAGAAAAGCACUUCAAGAUGCAAGUUGCCUUGAUGAAUCAAGUGUUUUAAGUCUUUAAAGAAAGAACUGGAAAGACUAUGGACUUACUCAACUUUAUUUGCAAGCCUUGCCAGCAUCUCUGAAAAUAAACUGAGUGUGUAUUUGUAAAAAGUUAUUUAUUUAGUAUACUUUUUUCACAAUCUCGUAACAGUAUUUUUUGGAACAAUGUUGUCGAUUUUUACAACAGUCCACAAGACAACUCUGGCCUUUUUUUCAAAACAGUAAAUGUAAUUGCUUUCUUAAUACAUUCUUAACUAUAAUACAGUCAAUUACAUUUAUUUAAAAAAUUAGGACUGCCUGCAAAGACAUUAAUGCAACCAUAUUUAUCUCUGGAGUACAACCAGACAAAACAGAAAGUUAGUCUUUAUUUGCAAUCACUAAGUCAUGAUUAAAAUUGGUACUAGCCUACAACCAUUUGAAAGGUGCAGAAUUAUGUGUGAUUACUCCUUUUAUGCAUAUUUCAUACACAUUAAAUGUUUUUAAAAUAAGCACAUUGUGUGCAGGAUUCAAUCAUCGGUAUCAUCACAAUCGAAUUCCUUGUAUUCAAUGCAUAGGCUGGUUUGCUCAUAGUUUUGCAGACUUUCCAUUGGUGCACAUAAUAGGCAAUCGGGUGAAUACAUUGGAGGAACACCACUGAUAUGAAUGCAUAGCCUCAAACCACACCAAAGCUCUAUAAUGGAAGGUGACAAUGUUGGAGAUGAUUUACUUAGAAGUAACCCAACUUCACUCUGCAUGUCAGCAAUAUUGUACAAAAUCAUACAAGUUAGUCCCCAUUACUUAGAUCUUUCCCGAUAUUGUACAUGGUAUGACACUGAUGGGGUUGUAUUUACUCAUUGCCGGAAACAGUUAACGCAACUACACAUUUCUCUUCGGAUGAAUUUUUUUGUUUGUUAAUAUUCUGUGAAAUGAAGACUUAAUUAAAACCAUAACAUACUGGCACCAUGCCUGAUCGCA